AUAUGUUAUAGCCUAACCUACUGUAGCAGUCAACCAAGUCGUUUAAAAUAAGCAGUUGGGGAAAAUCCGUUAAAAAAAAAUCAAAAAGACAGCCUGAAAGAGUAGAAAAGGGCUUUGUUUUUUCGUUCGCCAACGCGUAAGUGGACUUCCGAUCCUCGAGACUACUACCUUUAGUUUAAAUUGUAUAUAAAACCCGGGGAUUAAUUUGUUGUUGAUAAACUGGAGGCGGUGACGAAUCAGAUGGCGAUUGGACAUCCUCGUUCAUAACCCUCCCUUUAUAAUUUCCCGAAGAGAGUCCGGGCUGUUAAACACAGAAAGACUCAGCCACCUCCACGUCGCCCUCACACAUACACAGACAGACAGAUAGCACCGCGCACUUUCAUAUGAGGAUCCAUAACUACAGCAGUGAUUAGAGAAAUAACAAAAACGAGGUUGUUUUGACUACUGACGUGAGAGGGUGUAUUAUGGAUUUUUUAUAAUUAUUCGCAAAUCGAAGUACAUACAUUUUCCAACUGCAGUUCAAUGCAAAAGCGAAUGCUUUAGACCGGCGAGAUUAUUACGCAUGUGCCCCAACAAGCAAUAAUAGGCUUGGUUGGGACUUUUGGAACACUUUUUUUCUUUUUAAUAGCGUUCUUUCUUCUCUAAAAUUGGCUCCCGUACAAACAGCCGCGUUGGAUCCGUCGGCUUACUGCGAGACUCCGGUCUACAACCCGGAUCUCUGCCCUAACAUGAUAGCCGCCCAGGCCAAGCUGGUGUACCACCUCAACAAAUAUUACCAGGAGAAAUGCCAAUCUCGGAAGGCGGCCAUCUCCAAGACCAUCCGGGAGGUGUGCAAGGUGGUGUCGGACGUCUUGAAGGAGGUGGAGGUGCAGGAGCCCCGCUUCAUCAGCUCUCUCAACGAGAUGGACAACCGCUUCGAGGGGCUAGAGGUCAUCUCCCCCACAGAGUUCGAGGUGGUGCUCUACCUCAACCAGAUGGGGGUAUUUAACUUCGUGGAUGAUGGAUCUCUGCCGGGCUGCGCCGUGCUCAAGCUGAGCGACGGCCGUAAGAGGAGCAUGUCUCUCUGGGUAGAAUUCAUCACCGCCUCCGGCUACCUCUCUGCGCGCAAGAUCCGCUCCAGAUUUCAGACCCUAGUGGCGCAGGCCGUGGAUAAAUGCAGCUAUAGAGAUGUUGUCAAAAUGGUGUCUGAUACCAGCGAGGUGAAGUUACGCAUCAGAGACAGAUACAUCGUUCAGAUCACCCCGGCUUUCAAAUGCACCGGGAUCUGGCCCCGCAGCGCAGCGCACUGGCCCCUACCGCACAUCCCCUGGCCGGGGCCCAAUAGGGUAGCCGAAGUAAAGGCCGAGGGAUUCAACCUCCUCUCUAAAGAGUGCUACUCGUUGAACGGAAAACAAAGUUCGGCAGAGAGCGACGCCUGGGUCCUGCAGUUCGGCGAGGCCGAGAACCGCCUACUCCUGGGAGGCUGCAGGAAGAAAUGUCUGUCGGUCCUCAAAACGUUACGAGACCGGCACCUUGAGCUGCCUGGGACGCCCCUCAACAACUACCACAUGAAAACUCUGGUUUCUUAUGAGUGUGAAAAACAUCCACGGGAGUCUGACUGGGACGAGAACAACCUCGGGGACCGUUUGAACGGGAUUCUAUUGCAGCUUAUUUCGUGUUUGCAGUGCAGGAGGUGUCCCCAUUACUUCCUGCCUAAUCUAGAUCUGUUCCAGGGGAAACCUCAUUCUGCUCUAGAAAAUGCAGCCAAACAGACCUGGCGACUUGCGAGAGAGAUUCUGACCAACCCCAAAAGCUUGGAGAAACUCUGAGGUAAAUGUGUGUUAUAGUAAAGGAGGGUCAGUGAGAGGCCUGGUGUUGUAUCAAAGGACUAUGGACAGAAAUGGUCACUGUGCCUCUGUUUAAUUCACGGUCUUGUAAAAUGUGACUAUCCUCUGACGAGGAAGAAGUUUACUCUGAUAUCAUUUUUAUGACCAACAGUCAAAUAUGACCCUUCUCUUAAUUCUAUUAUGUGAUUUAGGAGCAAAUUGUACCAUCAAUCCACAUUCAAGGUUAGGUUUAAUUUCAGUAUUAAUCUUUCGUUAUUUCUCUCUAUGCCCACGGUUGUCUAAAUCGUUUAUUAGCUUAAAUGCUUUAAAAUAAAGCCCCCAUACAAGCCUUGAGUAAAUAUUUAUACUGUAAAUACAUUCAUAGGUUGUGAUUCCAGUGGUCUGAAAUUGUGAAUGUUGUUCUGUGACAUGUAAACUUAGGAGUUCAAUUACACCAUUUAAAGUAAAACGUUUUUUUUUUAUCUGGUAGAAAAUACAUUCAUUUAGUACAUUAAUUUCAGUAACAGUCUGCUGUAUCUGUUGUCAGUGGACAUUUUCUCAUUUUAAAAGUUUACAUUUUGAUGGUACUAUUUGUUACAUUUAAAAAAAAAACAUUCCAUAAACGUACUUGAAUUCUUAUUUAAAGUAUACUCGAUACUUUUUUGUUUGUACCUUGCUUACAUGAUAAAACAUGAAAAUAAGAAAAUAUAUAUAAAUGCAGCCUAAUUGAGAAGAAAAAAUGCACUUGAAAUACACUGGAUUAUAACAUGAUCUGAUCUGAUUUUUCAUUCCUGUCUCUGAUUUAAUUUAAAGAGUUAGCCUAAUAAAAAAUAGCUAUGUAAUAUUUGUGUCCCAAUCAUGAUUAAGUAAAUGUAUAACUUGUAUUUUUUCAUAUAUAGGCCAUAUUUAUUGUAUGCAUCAUACAUGGGUAUUUUUUAAGCCUAGUGUUUAACCCGUUUUAAAUUAGGCAAAUAUAGUUUGUCUUUUCUCUAUUAAUUAUGGCUAUAAGCCUAUUGUAUCUAUCAGGUUGUCUACGUUAUAAUAAUAGGCUGUCUAUUUAAAAGCUUUUUAUAGGCGUAAUGUUGUUGGAAAAAAACAAAUGUAUGAGAGGUACGGUUGGGGUUAGACAUUAGGCCUAUAUUUCUAAUAUACAGUGGACACGAAUAAUGCGCAAAACAGGUGUUUUGAACGGGUAAUUGUGUAAAUGUCUAGGUUACAACGUUAGUAUGCGCCCAAUAGUGCUAGUAAUUAUCCCAUGUCCAUACACAGUCGCUAUAUUUAUAAACAACGAUAAUAUUGGUGUAAAAUCGAAAAGACCUCGUAGGCUCUCGUUUGAUGACAUAGGUUUACAGGUUUUGAGGGGAUCGGAAUAUCAAUAAAUGUGUCAAAUGUUGUAGGCCCACAGGUCAGGUUCUCUCCAGAGGCCUGGGUAGGUUUAAGGCUCGCCUACAUCUUGGAACUUCAAAUGGCACAACGUUCCAAUUGGACCAUAUAUUUUAAAAUGCUCCACAAUCUCCUAAUGGUUGAAUUCUUAAACAUGGGUGAAUCUGAAUAAUUAUUUUAAUCUCUAAAUCACAUUUUGUGUCUUGUAAAAGAAAGGAACCUGGGGUCAAUGCGGGCCCAGCCAAAACAUGAACAUGAAUCAGUAAAGUGAACUUGAAUGUGAACAAAAGCUUGUGCAU